AUGGCUACUAAUUCCCUAGCUGUUUCGCCGCCCACCCGAUCCAAUGAGGAGCUCAACAUCACCGUUGUGCGCCGAUACAAUCCCUCGAUAUCCACAAUCCUGUCGCUUGCUCAGUUUGCCGUGGUAUACAUCUUCAGUGCGACUACUCAGACAUGGGAGAAGUUGGGAAUCGAGGGCACUUUGUUCGUGUGCCAGCGCACGAAAGGAGAUCUGGGCGAGGAAAGGUACAGCGUCAUGGUUCUCAACAGGCGUGGAAUGGACAACUUUGAGGCCAGACUAGAAAAUGGGGACGACGUUGAAAUCACUGAUGAAUAUGUUAUCUUGAAGGUGGACGAUGACAAAGGCCGCGAAGGCGCCAUCCGCGCAGCAAAUGGGCGGACGUCUAUGAUAUAUGGAUUAUGGAUCUUUUCUGAACCUGCACCAAGCUCGACAGCUGAGACAAGGACGCUGAAUGCGCAGAUGAUUAAAGAAUGCGCAGUGCAUGGCGGGGAAAGUAGGAAACUUGCCGAGGAGAGGCUAGCCGCUGAACGCAACCAGAACAUGCUCGUUGAGGAGGCUCCGUCCGCCACACCAAUGAACCGGCAGAUCUCUUUGAAGGAGCUUUUCGGUCAGCAGAGAGCGCAGGACGAUGCGUGGAGCGUCAAAGUUCACAGCCCGGUGGCUGAAUUCAAUCCUCAAGCUCAGCCCCAAGCGCCCACCAAUCAACCAGUUGGCUGGCCUGCACCUCAAGGAGUCCCGCCAGGACUACUUCCAGGAGCGCCAAACGGAAAUGACGUGUUGGGCGACUUAUUCCGAAAAGCGGGCAUUGGACACCAAGGAUAUUCCUAG